ACUGCGUGAGUCACCGCGGCCACCGCCGGCCGGGCAGCAGACGACAGACUGCAGCGGGCGCAGGAGGAGGAGCUGGCCGUGCCCGGGCCUUCCUGAGCUGGCCGGGACCGAGUCGGCAGGGCCGCGGAGAAGCAGAGGGCAGCGCAGUGAACGUCGCAGGUGUCAUUCUGGACGCAGGAAGUGCGCUUGCCUUGCUUUGCUUUAAAAUAGGGCUGAGUUUCCCCGACGGGCGUGUCGAGCAGAACUCAUCCGGGCAUUCUCCUCCCACCCCGCGCGCGCCGCGUAGCCCUGGCCCUCUCCGUCCCGGGGAUCCGCGCCCGCGUAGCCCUGGCCCCGCUCAGGGCAUCCGAGCAAACAGUCCCCCCAAAUGGUCGGGCCUGCGCCUAGCCUGGCAGGAAGACCAUAAUCGUGGGGAUCUAGCUACUUUCCCAAGCAACAUGAAGAUUUCAUUUGUGGAACCUGCCAUUCUCCUGAAUGCGUUUGCUAUGACUUUGACCAUUCCCCUGACCACACAGUAUGUGUACAGGAGAAUCUGGGAAGAAUCAGGCAACUACAGCUUUGUGUCCAAAGAUAGCAAUGUCUCUGAGUGCGACCAAAACAAAAGCAGCCCAAUUUUUGCAUUCCGGGAGGAAGUUCAGAAAAAAGUGUCUCUUUUUAGUCUGCAGAUGGACAUAAGUGGGUUAAUUCCUGGUCUGGUGUCUACAUUCAUGCUUUUAUCUAGUAGUGACAACUAUGGACGAAAACUCCCUAUGGUUUUAUCCUCUGUUGGCGCUCUUGUAACCAGCAUUUGGCUGUGUUUGCUUUCCUAUUUUGCCUUUCCAGUCCAGCUUUUGAUUGCUUCUACCUUCAUUGGUGCUCUUUGUGGCAAUUACACCACAUUUUGGGGAGCUUGCUUUGCAUAUAUAGUGGAUCAGUGUAAAGAACACAAACAAAAAACAAUUCGAAUAGCUAUCAUUGACUUUAUGCUUGGAAUUGUUACUGGACUAACAGGACUGUCAUCUGGCUAUUUUAUUAGAGAAUUAGGGUUUGUGUGGUCAUUUUUCAUUAUUGCUGUAGUUCUUAUUGUUAACUUGACCUAUAUUUUAUUUUUUCUUAGUGAUCCAAUGAAAGAGUCUUUAUCCCAGCCUAUUACUAUGUCAUGUUGUGAAGGCUUUAAAGACCUAUUUUACCGAACAUACAUGCUUUUUAAAAAUCGUCCUGGUAAACAACGGUGUUUGCUCUGUUUGUUAAUCUUUAUAAUAGUCAUUUAUUUUUUCGUGAUAAUUGGCAUUUCCCCAGUUUUUACCCUUUAUGAAUUGGGUUCCCCGCUCUGCUGGAAUGAAGUGCUUAUAGGUUAUGGAUCAGCUCUGGGGAGUGUUUCUUUUUUGAGUAGUUUCCUAGGAAUAUGGCUUUUUUCUUUUUGCAUGGAAGACAUUCAUAUCACCUUCAUUGGAAUUUUUACCACCAUGGUAGGAAUGGCCAUGGCUGCUUUUGCCAGAACUACGCUGCUGAUGUUUUUAGUCAGGGUGCCGUUGCUAUUCGCGAUUAUGCCACUGUCUGUUCUGCGGUCCAUGUUGUCAAAAGUGGUUCGUUCUACUGAACAAGGUGCACUGUUUGCUUGCAUUGCUUUCUUAGAGACACUCAGUGGAGUAACCGCAGUUUCUGCUUUUAAUGGGAUUUAUUCAGUCACUGUUGCUUGGUAUCCUGGCUUCACUUUUCUGCUGUCUGCUGGUCUGUUACUUGUUCCGGCCAUCAGUCUAUGUGUUGUCAAGUGCAUCAACUGGGAGGAGGGAAGCUAUGCAGUUCUCAUACAGGAAGAGCCCAGUGACCACAUGUCGGACAGAUGACUGUGAACAUGAAAGCACAUAUCAUCUACCAUGUCUUCUGAACCAACUCCACAAUCAGCUCUUCAUUAAUGAUCAGUGUUACAUAUCCUUUUUUCUCCUAAACUGAACAGGCAGAGAAACAGCGCCUAACUUUGCUCCUCUGGUACUAUGCACUUUGAAUGCUUUGUGCUCAUCAUGCAAUAUGUUUCCAAUACUGAACAAGAAGUCUCAGGGCACUUCUCACUCUGGACUCAGAAAAGAAACUAAAACUAAAGAAUAGCAGGAGUGAUUAGGAAACUGAUAAAGUCAAAAGCAAUAGUCUCAGAUAUACUCUAGUCUCUCACACUGAAACCAAUAAGAAGUCUUUACCUUGGUUUCUCAUCUGCAAAUGGAUUUCUGAUGUCUCUCAGGGAUUUUGAAGGUGUAAUGAAAAAUUAUUAUGAAUAACUUACAUGAAAAUAAUGUUUCAAAUAUUUAUCAUUUUGCCUAUACUGGAGAAAUGCUUUGUUUUAUAGAGCCCAUCAAGGCACUAUUGAUAGUCAAAGCAUUUAAAGGGUACAAAAUCCUUAAAAGAGCAGCACUUUAAAAGAAUACUAUUUUUCAAUUCUUAAUAUGUUUCAUCAGUGACAAACAUGAUUUUUACAUGUAAUACAUGUAUG